CUAGGGGAAUACAAAAAUAUUAAAAAAAAAAAAAAUAAGAAAAACAACAUUAACUAAGAUGUCUUCGCUUCCGAGCACUACAUGGAGCGAUCAGUUACGGGAUGCGCUCAGCUCGCCACUGGGCAUUUUGGCUUUGACGUGCAUCGUGGGCUACAUGGCCUACAUGCAUGUGCGACGGGACUAUCCGACCUACGAUGACGAGGACUAUGAGAAGGAGGGACACGUCAAAAUUCCGGCGCCUCUACAAAAUCUUAAAAUGACCAAGAAGAAACUGGAGCAGUACGAUUCGCAGAAUCCCAAGCGCCGAUAUUUAAUUGCACUGCAGGGCAUCAUAUACGAUGUAUCGGGUGCUCCGCACGACUUUGGGCCCAACGGCAGCUAUGAAUCGCUGUCCGGCACCGACAUCUUGUGGUUUAUCCGGAGUACAGCUCGCUUCGAGUCCCGCGACUUCAAUACCUAUUUGGAUGAGUGGAAAACGAUGCUGGAAGAUCAUUUCUAUGUCGCUGGCGUCUUGGUAUCAGAUAAUGACCAGACCGAUUCGGAGCCGGAGGGAAGUUCACAGUAUGACUCAGCCAACGAGAAUAAUGAGUACGAUAUCAAAGUUGAAGUGAAUAAGGGCUACACCACGAGCGAUAAGGUGGACGAGGACAAGGUUAAAGUUCAAGUCAAUGAAUAUCUCGAGACGGACAUAAAUGGAAAAUUCGAGGAAAACUCCAGUGACGGCAAUUUCGAGGAUGCUGACAAUACUCUGAUGGACUGCUCGGACGGGGACAAGACCAUCUCAACUAUGUAGAUGGAACAGUUAUUGUAGAAAGUUCACCUUGAGUACCCGAUUGUAUUAAAUCAUAAAACA